GGGCGGUGGAGGAGGAGGAGCCUGCCUAUAAAGGGUGCUCGCCGGCCGCUGCGCUAAGGAUCGCCCGGGCGAGGAAGGGGGACCGGAGCAGCAGCAGCGGCGCUGAGGAAUCUGGAACAGCUUUCUGGAGGCAAGAUGACCCCAACUUUCCUGCUCCCGCUGCUGGGACUCCUCCUUUCCUGGGAGGGGGGCUUUUGCCUUGUUCCUCCCAAUAAACUGCAACAAAUGUCUGAAACGGGGAGCAAGUACAUUGACAACGAGGUGGAGAACGCCAUCAAUGGAGUCAAGCAGAUGAAAACCCUCCUGGAUGAAUCCAACAAAGACCACCAGCAGAUGCUGAAUACCUUGGAAGACACGAAGAAGAAGAAAGAGGAGGCCCUCUUCCUUGCCAAGGAGACUGAAAUGCAGCUGACUGCAAAACAGGAGGUCUGCAAUGAGACCAUGUUGGCCCUUUGGGAAGAGUGCAAGCCGUGCCUGAAACAGACCUGCAUGAGGUUCUAUUCCAGGACAUGCCACAGUGGUGCCGGCCUGGUGGGCAGGCAGCUGGAGGAGGUCCUAAACCACUCCUCUCCUUUCUCCUUCUGGGUGAAUGGAGAGCGUGUGGACUCCUUGAUGGAUGAGACCGAAGAGCAAGGCCGGAGAUUACAUGAUCUGGAGGAACGCUACACGGUGAUGGCAGAGGGUGUGGACCACAUCUUCCAAGACAGCCAGCAGGCCUCCGGGCAUUUCUCCUCCUCCUUCCUUUCACCCUUCAGCAUCUUCGCAGAUAACAUUUGGAAUCCUUUCCGCAGUUUACGUGGCCCUGUUCCUGGUUCCAGAGUCGUCAGAAAUGUGCACCCCUUCUUCCCAAGCCAUCCCUUCCGCAGUUAUGACUUCACCCAGCUUUUCCAGCCAUUCUUUGAAGCUUUUGAGAAUGAUCAAUGGCUGGGGGGAAGCCAUGGAAGUUGGCUGGGUGGAUUCCCAACAGAGGCUCGCAAUUUCAGCAGCGACCGCAUGGUGUGCCGUGAGAUCCGACGGAAUUCUUCAGGCUGCUUGCGGAUGAAGGAGAAGUGUGAGAAGUGUCAGGCAAUCUUGGAUGUGGAUUGCUCCCAGACGGAUCCAAAUCAGAGCCAGCUCAGAGAGCGCUUUGAGGAUGCUCUGCGUAGAGCUGAACAGUUUAGCCGGAUGUACGAUAAUCUCUUCAAGACCUUCCAAGAGGAAAUGUUUAACACCACGAGGCUUCUUGACCAACUCAAUUACCAGUUUGGCUGGGUCUCUCGUCUAGCCAACCUCACCUGGAACAACAACCGGCCUCUGCAGGUCACCGCGGUUCUUUCCACAUCCUCCAGUCCGGUGGACUCAUCCCAGCCAUCUGACACCGAGGUGACUGUCCAGCUGUUUGACUUGGAGCCCCAGCGCCUGACUGUGCCUGGAAACAUUACUUGGCAGAAUCCCAAGUUCAUUGAAAUAGUGGCAGAAAAGGCACUGCGCAGUUUCAGGAACAAUGACGUGAUAUAAUUGUUUCUGCGGCUUGGAUCUUUGGCCACGACAAGGGAGAGAAAGAAGCCAUAGCCUUCUGCCAUUCCCGCCUUUCCGCCUCGUAGCUCUCCUUGCGCCACAGCAGAGCCGUGCCCACCAGGUCUCAUCCGUUUGCACUUGUAGUUCACACACUGUGUCGCCUGCCCUAAUUUUGCUGCUGGGUCUUAGCUGACCCAAAUCUGAAAUAAAAGAUUUAGGCCUGA